CAAGUAUUUUUGCAGCCAAAUUCGCACAGCCUUGCCAGAGCUGCAGCUUUUACAAGUCUCCCCCUUCCUCUGUAGAUAUGUCCUAGUGUGUCCAUAAUUAGCUCCUUUUCUCUUCAUCCACACCACUCAGAGGGCUGAAGUUAUUCAGUUAGGCGAAGGGCUGAGCAAGCAUGGAAGUUGAAGGCGUUGCCCCUAAUAUGAUGGCUGGUGAAGGUGUCCCAAGCAUAAUCCCGAAUAAAAGCGGCGAUGAUUUUCCCCAGAUAACCCCGGCUAUAACCCCCAAUAAGAGCGGUGAUGUUUUUCCCCAGAUAACCCCAGCUAUAAUCCCAACUGUAGUGCCAACUUCAAUAGUUCGUGAAGUUCUUACCGAAGGCAACUAUGCAUAUUGGGGAACUUGUGUAAAACGGUAUUUGGUGGGUCAAGGUCUCUGGGAAGUUUGCAGGAUGAGCUGCAAGAUUCCUGAUAAAGAACAAGAUCCAGUGGCAUAUUCAGAGUGGAAAAAGAAGAAUUCCGUGGCUUUACAUGCCAUUCAAAUUUCUUGCAGUCGAGAGAUACUUUCUCAGAUCAGGGAAAUCAAGUUUGCGAACCACGCGUGGGACUUUUUGAAGCGAAACGCCAACCCAACCCUCUAUUUCGACGAAGUCGAUCGCUUAGAUGAACAGUCACCUCCUGCGGCAGCCUCAACUGGGAACGCUGACUUCUCUCAGUAUGAGAAGUUUGAGCAGGCAUUGGACCGUGGUAGCUGGAGCGAUAUCGAAUCCUUCCUUAAUUCAAAUCCGGAUGCAGUGAGAGCAAGGAUUUCGCCAACAGGCCUGACCCCGCUUCAUGUCGCAGCUCUUGCUGGACAUGUAAAGGUUGUGGAGAAGUUGGUGGACAAACUGAAUCCAGAAGACUUAGAAGAAAAAGAGGAUCUGCUAGGGUGCACACCACUUGCUUUAGCUGCAUCAGAUGGAAUCACUGAAAUAGCGCAGUCCAUGAUUAGAAAGAACAGGACAUUGGCCAACAUUUCAGAUGGCGAUAAAAUCCUCCCAGUUGUGCUUGCUUGUAACCGAGGCAAAAGAGAAAUGACAUGUUUUCUCUACUUUCACACUGGACAAGAGGAGCUAGCUCCAGCAAAUGGCAAAAAUGGUGCAACGCUUCUUAGUUAUUGUAUUGCUUCCAAAUUCUUAGAUAUUGCUUUGGAUAUCCUCGAGAAGUACCCAAGUUUGGCUGUGACUUUGGAUAUGGAUAGUCUUAUCCCCCUCUAUGUAUUGGGUCAAACGCCUUCUUUGUUCAAGAGUGGAAGUCAGCUUUGGUUUUGGCAGCAUUGGAUAUACUUAUGCGUAACUAUAAACAUAGAUCGCGCCUCGGAUUGGGUUCGAGUAAACGUCGUUGACGACAACACACAUUCACGAGAUGUCAGGAAUAAUACUGAAACAGUGCUACAUCAAUUAAUGCAUGGGUUGGUUUCAUAUCCACUAAAACUUCUUGGAAUCAAAAGCAUACGUGCUCAAAAGUUGAGGCAUGCUCAAGCCGUCAAACUGCUACAAGGCAUUUGUACUGAAUUACGAAAUAUAAAACCUGACAGGGUCCUUGGGUAUCGAGUGCACCAAGCAGUCAUCCAGGCUGUCAAGAAAGGGAAUGUUGAAUUUGUCACUAGGAUGAUUAAAUCUAUUCCUGAGUUAGUGUGGAACGGUGAUAUAAAUGAUAGAAACAUAUUUUCCAUUGCAAUUUUGAACCGUCAAGAAAAGAUUUUCAACCUUUUACAUGGUCUUACUAAUGUAAAGAAGAUGAAAGUGACAUCUGCUGAUGAUAGGUUUGGCAACAACAUGCUACAUUUGGCUGCGAUGUUAGCCCCAUCGGAUCAACUUGAUGGUAUCUCAGGUGCUGCUCUACAGAUGCAAAGAGAACUACAAUGGUUUAAGGAGGUGGAAAGUAUUGUGCCGCCAAUAUGCAAGGACGUUCUAAACUCAGAUGGAAAAAAGCCCAGUGAGGUGUUCUCUCAGCAACAUGCAAACUUGGUAAAAGAAGGGGAGAAAUGGAUGAAGGAGAUAGCAACAUCUAGUUCAUUUGUAGCUGCUCUCAUUGUUACCAUUAUGUUUGCUGCAGCCUUUACUAUUCCCGGGGGUAACAAUGACAAAGGCGCUCCCAUAUUCUUGGACGAUCCCUUGUUCAUGGUUUUUAUAAUAUCGGAUUCAAUCUCACUCUUUUCUGCUACUACUUCAGUGUUGAUGUUCCUGGGAAUCCUGACAUCACAAUAUGCAGAAAACAAAUUCCUCACGCGGUUGCCCACAAAGCUGAUAAUUGGCCUUUCGACCCUUUUCAUCUGUAUUGCAGCCAUGAUGAUAGCCUUCUGUGCUGCCCUUGCUAUUUUACUAAAGAAAAGUUCAACCAAAGUGGUUAUGAUCCCGAUUAUUUUACUUGCCUGUGUUCCGGUGACCCUAUUUGCAUUAUUGCAAUUUCCCCUUCUUGUUAAUAUUUUCAUUUCCACAUAUGGGCCAGGCAUCUUCGAUAGGAAUAUACAACGUUGGUACUAGGUAUGGCCUUUCAAUAUGUUAUUACCUAAUGCAUGUCCUUUAUUAGCCUGUUCAGUAAUAUAUUUUAUUUUAAGGUGCAUGUAAAAAUCACACAAGUUUUAUUCUAUAUUACCUCAAUUCUAUGCAUUGCCCUUAUAUGUAUCUUUUGUAA